UGUCACAAGAGAAAGAAUGCCACGUAUAACAAAUGGUGGAGGUGGCGUGGCACGGGGUGCUGGGGGAUCCACUGGGGGCUCCCUGAACUGGCGCGAAGUUCACCAGCGUGUCCGGGAGCUGAGGAGGACAUUCUUGCACCUCUCCGUCAAGACUCCCACUGACGUGACCUUCCGGCGCCUCAGCCCGACGCAGCUGCGAUGCUACUUCCUCCUCUCUCCAGGCCAGGGGCGAGAAUCUACCCUUUUCUAUGCAGAUAUUAAUCUUGAUACUACUUGGUGUAGUAAGCUGGUUUACCAGGAGGUUCUGGAGUCUGGGCACUCUUUCCUCUGGCGCCGCACUUCCAGGGAAGAGCAGCUGCUUAGCGAGCGUCGGCGCAUAUCUACAUGGGGAAUCACUAACUAUGAACUGCAUCCUGCGUCUGGAACCCUCGUCUUCCCAGCGUCAUCCACUAUCUUCCAGUGUGUACAUCCUGAGAGACCUACUGGCCCUGUCAGUCCCAGAGAGUUGCCAAGCUGUCAAGUGCGACUCAACCCUCAGAUCUGCCCAGCAAAUCCAAACCUCAUUGCUUUUGCUGCCCGAUAUGACAUAUACUUGUAUAAUACUAAAACAGGGGAAGAGAAGAGAGUGACUCAUGUCCAUAGUGGUAGUGGGCGUCUUGAAUAUGACCCCAAGAGCGCAGGAAUGCCCUCUUAUGUCAUGCAAGAGGAAUUUACACGUUACCAGGGCUACUGGUGGCAACCUGUAUCUCCAGAUGGUGUAUACCGUUUAUUGUAUGAAGAGGUUGAUGAAAGUGAAGUUCCUAUAGUACAGUUUAUACUUCCUGAUGAUUCUGCUGGGAUGCUGGAUGAGUUCAGAUUUCCAAGAGCAGGAAUGGCUAAUGCAGAAUCCACACUGAGAUUGCUAGAAAUUGAAGUUGGUCCAGCUGAAGAGUUGAGAGUGACCACACGACACCUGCGUCACGACCUCAAACAGCUGGCCCCUUGGCAUGAGUACUUAGUUCGGGUUGGCUGGACUCCUGAUGGCAACCAGAUUUGGUGCCAACUGCUUGACCGCAGACAGCAGCGUUUAGAGCUGAUCCUGCUGUCGCUGUCAUCUUUUACGGGUCAGAAAAGCCCAGCAGCACCCUCGGCCCCGGCAGUGCCAUCUCUCUCUCCACAUGUCCUCAUCUCGCAACACUCCAACACCUGGAUAGAUGUUCACAAUUUAUUAUACUGGUGGAGGAGUCACCCAGAUCCUACACAAAGAAUGUUGAUAUGGGCAAGUGAAGAGUCAGGUUAUAGACAUCUCUACCUGUUUUUGACGCAGUUGUCUCCCCCCACCAGUACUGAGGAUCAGCCUUCACACGAAGACCAAGGUUUAGUGUCGGCUCAACUUGUUCAAAAGAUUGCUCUUACUCGAGGAGACUGGUCAGUCACCGGCAAUAGCAUCUGGGUCGAUGAAGCACGUCGAUUAGUCUACUUCACAGGGUUGCGAGAUUCCCCCUUAGAGCAGCACUUGUAUGUUACUUCUAUAUCCCAUCCAGGAGGACUUGUGCAAAGACUAACUGAGCCAGGUUUCUCCCACCAAGUGGCACUAAACCAGGAGUGUACAGUAUUUACCAGUGUAUACAGCAGUAUAGAAGUCCCAUCCCAGAGCAAAGUAGUGACAAUAACACCUCUUGAUACACCUAACAGCAGUGGACACCUGGUAUGGGUGUCAGUCCUGGGUGACCUCGUAAAUGAGCCUAUUUCAGAGGGCCUUAGAGAGAUCAAGCCUCUGGUUGUACCUGAGGUGUUUACUACCAGAAUAAACAGUGGUGAUGUUAUCUACUCCAUGGUAUUCAAGCCCCACAACUUCACACCGGGAAGAAAGUAUCCAACUGUUCUUAGUAUAUAUGGAGGUCCACAAGUCCAACUGGUAUCUAACACUUUUAAGGGCUUUAGACACAUGAGAACACAUAUGUUAGCAGCUCAUGGAUUCUGUGUCGUGAGCAUAGAUUCUCGUGGGUCAGAUAACAGAGGUGUUGGAUUUCAGGCUCAUCUUGUGAAUCGCAUGGGAACAGUGGAAAUAGAAGAUCAAGUGGAGGUCCUUCAGCUCCUUGCUGGACAAUGUGAUUAUAUGGAUCUCACACGACUUGCCGUUACUGGCUGGUCAUAUGGUGGCUACCUCUCCCUCAUGGCUCUAGCUCAGCGUCCUGAUAUCUUUAAGGUAGCAAUAGCUGGAGCUCCAGUUGUAUCAUGGGGCCUCUAUGACACUGGCUACACAGAACGCUACAUGGAUUUGCCCACAGUUAACCCUGAGGGUUACCGCAAUGGCUCCGUCCUCUCUUAUGUCAACAACCUCCCAGAUGAAGAGAAUCGGUUGCUCAUCGUCCAGGGGAUGAUUGAUGAGAAUGUUCACUUUUCCCACACAAAUCAACUUAUCCAAGCUCUCAUCAAGGCGGGCAAACCUUACCAGCUUCAGAUUUACCCCCACGAGCGCCACUGCUUGCGUCAGCUUGACUCGAAUGAACAUUAUGAAACCAAGCUGCUCUCUUUCCUCUUAAAUAACCUAUGAUGGAAAUGGAAAUUAGAUUUUGAAAUCUUUGUUUGUCUCAUGAAAUCUGUUCUGCAAAUCUGGUUUGUUAGUCAUUUUGUUCUUUGUCGGAAGUGUUUUUAGUGCUUUGUGCUUUUUAGAGGCACAGCUGACGCAAGCAUCGUAGAGAUGUUGACAGAAGUGUAUGACUGAGUGUCAGGAUCUUGGUAAUAGAAAUGUUGAAACUCAGCACCAGCACCAGUUAAGAUUUACGAAGACAGUGAUUUACACAUUAAUUUGUUUAGGCUUGUAUAAAAAUAGCAGAAAAAAAAAAAAAAAUUGAUCAAGACCUGUGUUGUCAUACACUGGAAGUGGUGGGUGAAGCAAACCAAAUGUAGGUUUUAUAAGCAAUAUGAAGGACUUGUUUAUCAUAGACAGAGGGUUGUUAGCAGGAUACCUAACAACCUGUUCUUGGUACUGAAUGAGUUUUCCAGAAGAUGUACGGAUAUGUGAUACCUAGACAGAUAUUUGUAACUGUAUCUAUUUUUCUUUUAGUUUGUUAUGAAGUAAUAAAGAACAGUAUAGAAGUUAACAUUACUGUAGUGCUUUUUAAAAGGAGAUUUUAUGGGUUUUUCUUUUUUCUUUCAUAUCUGCAAGGAAAGGGUGUAAUAUUUCAGAAGAGAAAAGGCACUCUUUUUAAGUCAUAAGUCAGGUUUUUUUUUUUUUUUUUUUUUUUUUAUGUUUAUGCUGAUUUUACAAUUGCCGUGGUAGCUAGUCUUACCAUUUUAUUCAGUCUAAACAUAUUUUAAUACUCAUCUUUUAUUUUUAUUUUUGUUAUUUUAUAAAUCUUCAUUCUGUAUUUCUUCCUUCUGCUUUACUUCGUUUUAAAAUUAUAUUUUAGGCUGUAAAUCUGAGAAAAAAAGAUCCAUUACGGUUUGUGCUUACCACAGCUUGAAGGCAUUGUUUUCUUCACAGUGCAGUUCCAGAUAUUUAAUAAAGAUGAUAAUUAGUCAUCGCGUUAGGUAGGGUCAACAAGUCUCCUAAGUGGAUUGCCUCUUGCGUACUGGGUGUGAAAUGCAGCUUGGCGAGAAGAGGUGUACUGUAAUCGCAGAGUCCAUCAUUGCCUUUUUGCAAUGUCAGUACAACCAUCUUGAUUACAGUAGAAAAUGUAUGGUGUAAUUGGUUACUGUAAAAUGAAUGUAUGGUCAUGUUAGCUGUGUUGUGGUUUUGAGUAACAAGUGUUUGUCAAUAGGAUAUUUGUAUUCUGACUUCAAGGACCUUCCACAGAGUAAAUCAGAAUUCGUAUUUGAUGAUGAUAAAUCACGUCUUAAAUCUUUUUUUUUUUUUUUUGUAUGAGUAACUGUGUGUGUGCGAGUGUGUGCAUGUGUGUGUGUGCUUGUGUGUGUAAUUGGGUUUAUAUUUGAAUGUGUAUGCAUAGUCUGUGUCUGUGUAUUUCUGGCAUCACUGUAAUUAUGUUGUGUGACUGAUAGGCUGACUUUGAAAUACUCAGUAAAACUUAGUUUGACUUUAUGAAUUUUGCUCUAAAGAAAGCUCAUUUUUGAGAACUGGUGCUAGAGAAAGAAAUAAUUAUUUGCUUUCAUUGUAAAAGUAGUCAUUACAACUGGGCAUCUGCUACAGUCCUUGAAGCAGAUCUGUGAGUAAAUUAUGGUUGGAAACAUCACACCAGCAAUCAAGGUCACCUCAUGGUCUUGUGUAUGUUUAUCAUGAGGCCUUAACAGGUUUUGAAUGACUUGGCAAACACCUAGAAAGGCAUUCACUUUUCAUUCUAGUAAUCAGAAUUAAAUGUACUGAUGUUUUCAAGAACAUUGAAGUGAGUCAGAUUUUUCAUUUUGUACGAGGGAGAAGGUGCAUAAACAACAACUUUUGUAAAUAGUUACUGAUUUUACUUGAAAGAGAAGCUGGGAGACUAGGAUAAAAUAAAUUGUAUUAGACUAAGUACCAUCUAGUCACAUAAGCAUCAAUUAAUUGUAAGAAAUGGAUGGGUUUAACUUUCAGUUUUAUUUUGUGAGUUUGCUUUAAUUAUUGCCAUUACUAAUAUAUUUACUGUAUUUCUACAAUUAUUUAUAUAUAUUACUUUUCUCUUAUUAAAAAAAAUAAAACUUUUAAUCAAGAAAAAUUAAUGAUUGGUCAUAUAUUGUAAGGAAGGUUAUAAUGUCAGUGGAUAUUUCUUUUUUUUGACAGAAAUUGUUAAAAAAAAAUAUAUGAUUUGGAAAGACUGACCAUGAGCAUUGUAAUUAUUGAAUCUAUGACCUGCAAUAGGCCAUUCUGAGGUAUGGGUUGUACCCAUUAUGAUAGCACAUUAUUGACCAGGGUCAGUUUGACAUGGAUACCACUUCAUUGUGUAGGUCUUGGGAAUAUUUGCUGCUGUACAGUUAGUGAAAUGUGAACACUGUAGAAACUGCUUUCCAUUAAACUAGUUAGUAAUGAGAUUUUAGCAUUGUUGUGCAUCAUUGUAAAAUGUGUUUUGUAUAGUAUUUUAUUGCAAAUCUGAGACAGAUUUCACUGUCUUUUUUCUAAUUCUUGUUUUUAAUUAUAAACAAAUACUUCACAUAGCGCACAUGUGAAACUUACCUUUUGUUUGGAUUUCAAUAUUUCCAUCAUAUUUCAGUCCUUACAGCUGCUGAUCCCAGUGUUGUAGACAAUGCUAAGUUGAUACAAAAUUGGGAAAAUGGAACUUGCUUUGUCAUUAUGGUGAGAAUGAUCUAAAGUCAUGUCCUUUGAGCAUAAAAUAUUUGAUAAAUAAUUUUAUAUCUUCCUUUAAAGAUCUGUCAUUAGUAAUCAUUUUGCAUUGUGUGUGUGUGUGUGUGUGUGUGGCUGUGCAUGUGUUUUCACAUAGGCAUUUGCAUAUCAUACACUUCAUGUGUGUGUGUGUGUGUGUGUGCCUGCCUGUGUACCUGUAUGUGUCGAGGAAUACUUUGUUGAAGAGAUGAGAUGCAUAUUAGAAUGGAGUGAGGUGGGUGGAUGCAUUUCUACCUCCACACUUAAAAAGGAUUUUGUUGUACACAUUUUUAUAUCAAAUUAUCCAACUGUAGCUCCUCCUCCAGAACUGGCAUAUUGCUUCCUUCUGUUAAUUUGACUCGUUUUAAUUGCAUUUUUGGUUUAAUAUCAAUAAUGAUAUAGUCAUGUACAAAUGAGUGAGAAAGCAGUUGUACAUAAAGUCUGUAUGUAUAUAUGGGUGUGUAUUGGCAUUGCAAACAUUGGAUGUCCUAAAAGUUUUUUGAUGUUUGUGUGGAUGAGGAAUGGUGUGUGCAGAUCAUUGCAUAUUGUUACUCUAGAUUUUGUUAUUUCAUAUGUGUUUUUAUGCCUGUGCAUAUCAUAUGUUGUUGAAUUGUAAAACAAUGCUUGAUUAUAAAACUUGAUUACUUUUCACUUCAGGGAUACUGAUGCAAAUAUUAGGCAAGUUCAUGAUAGAUCAUCCCAGCCUGGACACAUUUAGAUCCUGUGACGAAUUUGUGAACUAAAACUGUGUUGUCGGAGGUUAUGGUUUCAUACGACCUGUUUUGAAUCAAUUAUCACUAAUUUCUAUCUACAAAAUUACCAGUGAUAAAGAUGACGAGCUCUGUCUGUAAUGUGAUUCUUUAUGACUAAGAUGUAUUUUGAUGAUAGAAUUUAGACACUUUAGGAACUGUUUGUCAUUGUAUUUCACUUCUACCUCUGUGGCCAGUGAUGGUUGCUGGCAUAGGAAAACAUUUGAGCUGAGAAUGUCAAUGUUUGUCAAGUAUUUAUGGAGAAGUUUCUAGGAGUGGCCACUUGUGUUAGGUCAGCUUCAGGAGACUUCUGGAGAAAUCAGAAAAAAAGUAUGUUUUCUUCACAUUACCAGAAAGUAUUGGAUACACAAAUUGAUAAGAAAUAAAGUAUUGAAUACAAACUAUAGGUCAAUCUAGAAACUUUUUAGAUAAAUUAAAUGGUAUAUUUUUUACUUUGUUUAGAAAUACUCUGUGAUCUUUAUUAUAUGAAAAAGCCCAACAGUGAAGUACAUCUCUGCCUUGCUGACGAUGCUGUAACUAACAUUGCCGUUAUUCCUCUCUUUGUAACGAGAUUCAUGACAUCAUUGCAUGUGUUGACAGUGUUCAUUCAUUUCAAAUAAACCAACACACACACAACAAAUGAACAAACACACUCACUCACACUCACACUCACACACAUACUCUCAAUCACAAUUGCAAGCACUCACAUGCAUAAUACACACAUGCCCACUCACCUUCUCUUUUCUUUUUCAUCUUUUUCUCUGUCACUGUCCCUAUUUAUCACUUAUCAGUCCAGCACUCUCUAUCUCUUAUUUCUAUUUCUAUUUUCCUCUCUUAGCUCUUCUCUUUCAAAACGAUCUCUCAGAAACUUUGAACAGAGUCAACACACACAUAUCAUUUGCUAUAUGGCUGUUUUAGUGACAGUUUCACUUUUUUUUUUAUUUUCCGAAAUGUUGUCCAUUUUAUGUGUGUGCUCAGUGCCCACAUUACUGCCAGGUGAUUUGACAUAUUCGUUGCUUUGGUAGUCCAUGAUUGGCAACGGUUCUUACAAGACAAAGUUUGUUAAUUUUCCUUUUGGUCAAACUCUUGUAUUGUGAUUGGAAGACAAAAACAACUUGGAUCUCAUCACCUUGUUGCGACUCACAGAUAUAGGCCUAAUAAAAAUAGAAGUUAU